UUUCCUCCCCCAACACCACCAGUAGCGUAGUCUCUUCCGCUUCGACAUGUUCAAUGACUCGUAUUCCAACAAAGUCGGAAGCGCAACACUCAACAACAUUCAGGGAAACCAGCACAUCAACUACUACCUACAACACCAGCAUCAAUCUGUACCGGCCCAUGCAGGUGGAGAGGAAUGGAAGAGGAAGAUGUAUCGAGAGUACACCUAUGUUCCGGCAGGAAACAUCAAGAUCAUCAAAACCGUUGCGGUGGAACGUGUCUCGCGAAGAGAAUACGACAAUGACCCCGACUGUCUCCUGUGGCUCGAGCGAUCUGACACAUCAAGGGCGAAUCGAGAAGCACAUCUGGCUUGUCUCGUCGAAGGGAUGAACGAGUCUUCACCAUUUUUAUGUGUUGCGUAUACUGGAAGCGACGCGCAGAAGGUCUUCAAACGGGAUUGCGUCGCAUUUUCUGGUAUCAGAAAUGCCCAUGUAAUGCAGCUUCGGGGGUUCAAUGAUUCUGAUAUUCCGAUGGUCCUCUUUCAUGAAGAACUCAUCCCGGUACAUCAUAUUUUGCAAAGACACCGCGAACUCUCGAUAGCUCUGCGAUGUUACUUUGCUUUGCAAGCCAGCAUCGCAAAGAAAAGGAUAGAUGAAUGGCACCAGACCGAGGACGACUAUUAUUGCGUUAAUGUUUGGGUUCAACCAAGGAAUGGAAGGAUCUCGUUCGGCCCACAGGUAUUUCGGACUGAAUAUUUUUCUGUGUAUGGCGGUUGCCAGCUUGGAAACUGCACCGACAUGCCAGCUCUUCCUACUGACAUGUACAACACCAAUUGUCUCCUCAAGCAUCUUCUCAACUAUUCUUCGGACAAUUUUUUUUUGUCCGGUCUUGCUUCAACAUCCAUCACUUACCUGUUGUAUCAAGAAAAAGUGUACAUCCCUCAAAACGAUCAAGUCUGGCUUUGUUCAUCUGGACGACCUAUUGCGAACUUUCAACCUGGGUCCUGUUGGACUCAUUUUGUGGUCCAAUCCAUCCUUGUAGAAAACCAUUACGAACUGAUCACCUUGGAAGAUGGGAGGACACGGUUAUCUAUAAAAUCAAUUGCUUCCCAGCUCUUGCGUGAGAGGAUUGUCUCGUUCAUAUACGAGAUGGAUGGAGCACUCUCACAUCACCUUAGACGUACAACUUGGCUUUCCCAAUCAUGUAGCAUUUUCAGCACAAUGAAUAUACCGAGGCAUGAAUGGUCAGACUGCACGUUGCUUGGACAGAUUUGGUUGGAGCUUAUCAUUAAUGACACCGAGUUUGACUGCGUUGCCCCCGAUAUGACUCGAAUUCCCCAUGACUUCGAAACUCAGCAUUACCUCUUCGUACUCCCGCCACCUCAAAAGAUUGACAAUUCUCCCGACGUGAUUACUUGGAUGUUAGGAAAGGACCUGUACUAUUGGUCCUCCGAUCCUGAUGGGAAAACGGUGAUGCCAGAGAGUCGACGCAUAUCAUUGGGGCUUCCUUCCUUUAUUCCAGAAGCUUACGGUCUGAACCGAAGCUGGAGUUCUGAGACGUACGACCUCAUACGGGCAUGGCAGGAGGCGAAAACUUUUGACCCCUCAACGACCGAUUUUGCUCGUUCUUUGGACUACCCGAUUAUGGAACCAAUAAUUUCCGACCCCGUAGAGGCCGAGGUAGGGCGUUUCAAGGUUCUCUCUGACGGCACUUAUUUACCUUCUUCUUUCGGCGGGCUCGGUGACGAGGGCGAAGUUGCUAUGGAUGUAGACGAUUAUGGAGCUCCGGUGGUCAGUGCGGGUGGGGAUAUGGAGGUGGAUUAGGGAGGUAGGGCGACAGUCUUAGAGCCAAAGCCGAUCAGUCCUCACCGAGGAGUCGUCUUAGGUGGCUUCCGACUUCGUUGGUUGGGUUCUCUUCAAAUCCAAUCUCUUACCUGGCGAACCUAUGUAUCGUCAUCUCCUCACGAGGGCCGACUUAAAGCAACUCAGUCGACUCAUUGUCCAACUUCAUCGGUCGUGCGGCGAAACAAGAACGCGAAAACCAGUGUCUUCGCGCACCGUCCAGACUUCGUUCAUCCGAGGUCGUUUGGGUUUCACCCGGUUUCCGAUGAUAACGUCGUUCUACACCAUUCUAGUAGACUUCAAUAUUACCAGCUUGCAAAUGGCAAUGGACUUGUAGGCUGGUGUCAGAGACUCAGAGAUGAUAUAAAGCAUCCAGAGGUUACUAGUGCAAGGAAAGAGUCGAGUUACGCACGCCGAACAAUGAGCAUCGUUCGUUUCAAAGUUGUAGGUUUCGGUCGUGAGGGGAGAGUGGUAGUCGACACAUACUAGUGCAAUAAAUUUAAGAGUAGUCCAAAGACGCGUACUACAAAGAGAGUGUUACUUCUUUCAAGGGGUGGAAUCGAGG